UUCGGGUUUCACCAGGAGUAUUUAACUGGUGCAAAGGAAACAUACUUGCAAAGUGUCUCCUGUUGACAUGACAGAUUCUCCUGGUAGUUCACACAAUGUUCAAAAGGCCCAAGUCCCUUUCUUCAGAACGCAAGAAGGAAUUCUUUUCCCAAGGAGCUAUACUGAAGAAUGACAUGAGAAAUUUUCACUCUUUUUCGCAACUUGUACUUUCAGCAGGCCCUCUAAAAUCAACUCCAGCAGUUAAACAUGCAAAAACUUCUCACUUUGAGGUUGAAAUACUUGAUGCUCAAACAAGAAAGCAGAUAUGCAUCGUGGAUAAGGUGAUACAAACAUCUACUAUUCAUGAUGUUAAACAAAAAUUUCACAAAGAAUAUCCAAAGUGGUACCCUUCCCGAGUUGGCCUGCAGCUAGAACGGGGUGGGCCUUUUUUGAAGGACUACAUAACCAUUCAAAGUGUUGCAUCUUCCUCCAUUGUCACACUCUAUUUUACAGACCUAGGUCAACAGGUCAGUUGGACUGCAGGCUGUGCCUUUUAUUGGGGAUUCACUUCUUGGAUUGCCUACUACAUUAAUCACCCACGGUAUACACCACCAUCAUUUGGAAACAGGCAAGUCAUGGUAUCUGCUAUCAAUUUUCUG